GCACGUGUGAUUCCCAGAAUGAGUUAGUACCUCCCCUCACUUUAUCCCAACUCUUGGACGUCAACGUAAUUCUCAGGUCAGAGACUGUCCCAUCUAUUAGGAACUUCAUCGCCCAGUCUCCAAAAGAGCACGAGUUCUCGAAAACCUUGUCUGGUAUCUUGAAUGUAGAAACUGGUAAUUUAGGCAAAGCAGCUCAGUCACAGACUAUUAUAGAGAGCCAGCCUAAUGAAGUGACUCUCCCACUUCGGGAUGUGCUCAACUUGAUCACACUUGUUAAUUCUAUUGAGGAUGAAGUGGCAGCAGCAGCUUCCAACAGUAGCGACAGCUCUAUCCAAGAUGACAUUAGCUCUCCAUCAAACUCUCCAAUGGGCUCUCUUCCAUCGAGUAUCACCUCCAUGGAUCAUAGGGAAUUUGCACCUCUCCUGAAAGCUUCUCUCUACAAACCACCACCCAAGCACAUCAAACUGCGUACACCAAUUCGUCGACUCAGCCAAAAAGAAGAAGAUGAACUUGAAGAAACUUUACAGGCAGUAUUUUAUAACUCCUCAGAUGCUGAAGAGACUGACACCGAGGGUGAAAAAGACAGUCAAAUAGAGGAAGAGGAAGAGGAAGAGGAAGAGGAGGAACAAAAGAAAACAGAUCCAACCAUGGCAUGACAACAUUUUGAAGCUGGCAACCACGGCAGCCAGUAAGUGCUUAUCUUCAUGUAGUAGGUCUUAGAACCUCUGGGUUCUAGUAGUAUCCUAUACAAGGUUUACUAUGUACCUCACCAGAUGGAAUUAUCCUUAGACAUAUCUGCUCUUCCAUAAUUUUAUUUAUGGUACUAGUAGCUGGAUACAUUCCCUGAGGUAUUAUAGUGCUAUACUGCAUUUACGCUUCACUGUAAGUGAAUAAUUUCUGUUGGCAGAAGUUAUACAAGCUGAAUGUAUCAUUGUUUUGACCACCAGUGUUAUUUUUUCCACACACAUAUUUGGAUAUAUGUGUAGUGAGAAUAAAAACAUUUGCAAGUGAAUUUGCAUUAAAAAAGGUUUAUUCGUUUCAGGCAAAACAAAUUCCCUUAAAAUAAUAGCAAAGCUAUUUUAAAAUUUUAUGUAGUAGAAUAUUUUAACUAUAUUUAAUUGGUAAAUUAGAAAACAAAAUAAAAGCAGCUGCAUUCUUCACUACAGGCAUCUGAAGCAUGAAAGACAACCAACACACAUACGCAUGCAUGCACACGCAUUUAUACAUAAUAUCCCCUCAGUGUUUUGUUAAGCUUUUAUCUUAUCAAAGAUAAUUUUAUUAUUUAAAAAAGGUAAACUGGCUGGCCGUGGUUGCCCAUAGAAUCACUACUUACAGGAGGAGCUGAGAUCUGAUAGUGAUCCCUAUGUAUUCUUCCUUUCACACUGAGUGUUGAAGUUUAUACAGCACUAACGAUAUAUGCCUUAUAUUUUUUUUAGUCACAAAAUAUUACCCCUUUUAACCUGUAGUUGAAAGAAAAUGAAAUACUCUCGAAGAUGAGUCAUAUUAUCAUCUUUGUGCAGAUUGUUCUUGUACAAUUCAGAUACUUGCGUAAUUACCUGUAGUAAAAGCAAGGGAUAUCAGCCUCAAAUAUUUUUACAACAGUGCUACUGUUUUUCAACAGAACUUAUUAAUUACAAUAGUAUGCUGAUUAAAUAUUUAGGGAAUUUCGUUCUAUUUCCCUUUUUGGCUAUUUUUUUAUCAGUUGCUGUUGAAACAGUUUAUCACUAUUUUGCUAGGUCAUGAAAUUAGUUUAAAUGUGAAGUCAUAAAAGUAGUAACUACAGGAGAACAUAACUGGCACGAGACAGUGAGAUAAGACACGCAUAAAGAGCCUAGAGAUCAUAUUAUGAAAAAUGUGUACAGCUGUUUUUCACUGAUGCUCAAAUACUGCUGUGGCUCCGGGGAAUAAGAAUACGAUUGAAACUGAUUUCAAGGAAUUAACAAAAACUUCAUCGGACUGAAAACAUUACAGUACCGAAGAUUUUUCAGCAGCAUUAGCAUAUCACUAUGUGAACCCCCCCCCCUCCUUUUUUUUUAACUGACUUUCUCAUUCUCUAGAUAUAAAUGUUUAGAUUUGUAACAUCUAUUGGCACAAUAUAACAGCAUAGGAAACAUUAAGCAGUUAUUAUAGUGAUGAAAUAUUUCCAUUUUAAUAAGAAUUAUCAAGACAUUAAUGUGGUCGAAUAAUCUGUAUUCAUAUUAAAAAGGAAGCGGUAAACCCGUUUGUGUACGGAUAAAGUAAUAGCAAUCCUUAUGUAAUUACAUGGAUAAUUUGCGUCUUUUCUGCGAAAUGUUGUCUUUAUAUAAGCUUACCUGGCAUGUAUCUUUGAUGCCAUUCUCUCAACAUCUCGCCCUUAUAUUCAGUGUUACAUUAUUUUUUUAUUACUCCAGUACUUUGCGAUCCCAGGUAAAAACUUAUUUGACUUAAAAGAGCUUGAUAUUAUAAUUCAUGUUUGUCUGAUAAUUCACUAAGCCGAGCAAAAACAACAACAAAAAUUAUUUAAAAUAUUUUUUCUCCUGAGUCUGGUAGGCAUAAAACUAUUUUAAUUCAACGCUGCUGGUGCUGUACAUUUAAACUCAGAAAUUAAAAAGGUAGUUGAUCUGCCACAAUAGAUAAUAUUGAUAAAAGAGUACUAUAAACACGGGAAAACGAAAACAGUAAUUAAUGUAUUGUAAAGGGAUAAUAUAGCCACGAGUCAUUAGCUCAUUUUAUCCCGUUUUUAUUGAAAACAGAUUCAAUAUAUAAUGCUUCCGCAGAAGUUUACGUAAAUAGUGUGAAAAGUGAUCCUCAGGCACAGAAUAUUAAAAUAUAUUGGUUAUUCGCUUAAACAUAUACACAAGCCUAUUAACAUCUUGUAAAAUUUAUAUACAAAUUUAUUCCUCACUAUCUUAUGAAGAAGGCAAGUAACAAAUAUAUGGCUUAUAAUAUAAAUUACAGUUGAUUAAUAAUUAGAGAAAUUAUACGAAGUUAAAGAAUAUAAUAAUUUAUUGGAGGCAGUGGAAAUCAAUGAUGUGAGUUUAACUCAAAGAAUAGAAGUGAAGACAAUAAUUGGUAUUGCAGGUAAAUUCAAGGAACAAAAGAGGAGUUACAGUAUUGCGAUUUUAAUAGCCGUGUAUAAAGGUCGAGACAAAAUAAGUUGACUAAGAGGUUGUUUAUAUGUAGAAUGGACGGUAAGUGACGUAACGGUGGAAGGAGAGUAUAGUUCACGAGUGAUCAGAGCUUAAACAUCCAGUAGACAUAUGCGAGCAUGUUAGAAUAGACCUAAUGGAGGCAAAUAAUAUAUGUAUUAUAUACGAUAUAACUGUGCAGAGAAACCCGAUUGUUGAGGUGGGAAGAAGAGUGCAUGCACUCUGAGAUGGGUGGAGAUACUGAGAUUCCUUGUUAUUGCACUGUGAUAUCCGUACAUUUCUGGAAUGAGAUCUAUGAAUCCAAUGAUGGUAAAUGUGAGUUCUCCUGAGUUAAAUUGCUUUGCUGAGAAAUGGACGAUGUGUUAAAAAUCAAUAAUUUUAAGGCCAUCAUUUACAUUAUAUUCCUUCAAACAAUAUGGUAUAUGGAUUAUUAUAUAUUAUUAUAUUCAUGGGAAGCACUUAAAUGGGAGAGUAGCUCCAAUUUCAUGGAUCUAGUGCACACUAUGUAAUGUAGCAUAAUAUGAAGUAACCGUGCCAUGGCCAAAACGUUAAGCUUAGACCUAGCAAUUACACUUAAAUUUAACAAUUUGCUAGAGACCAAAAUAGCUGUGGAUCACAUACGGGUUUUAAGGACCCAAUGGACUAAGCGCACUGCUUGUCUUUCUUGGGUUAUCCUGAGUUAUUAAUACUCUAGGGCUAAUAAUCCUAAUAAACCCUUUUCAUUUUUUUUCUAUAGUGAGGCGUUAUGGUAAUACAGUAUUAGUGAGGUAUCAGAAACUCAAAGAGAUAAUGAUAUACAUUAUUUCAGUAUUACUCGUAUAAACUGAAGGCUGGUACAUGAAACCCACAUCUACUUUGAACUUAAACCAUUAGUAAAACAAGCAACAUGUUUAAUAAAGCUGUAUUUAUGAUCUAUCCUAACCUUUCUAAGUACUGUACUGUAUAAUGACAUACAAUUAUUGUUCCCCCCUCUCUCUCUUAGUCUUCUUUUAAAUGUUUUUAUUUUACACAUCAUAAAACUAUCUUCAUUUAAAGGCUUCAUGUACGGUAGUAAUCUAUUUUAGUGUAGCGUGAUGUUGCAUUAUUAGAAAGUAUACAAGUCACAAAACCGUGGCUGCAACAAUUCAUAACCUACAAACUAGAAAUAAAGCCAGACGAGUUUCGUUAAGUCGUGAGCUAUUAUAAAGUCGUGGCUUCAUUAUGAUUCGAGGUGGACUGAAACGUCGUCCAGCAGCAUCUCGAAUUUGUGGGUUAAAUGAAAAUUUAUUGCAGUGUUGUGUCAUCCUCAUGACCAAUUUCAGCAAAGUUCCUGGUAUCCCUAUGCAUUACUGGUAGCAGAGUAUCGUGCUUUACUGGCUGGUUGAUGUUAAGUUUUCUCUAAUAUGUGUAAGGAUGUCUGUACAUUAGAAAUUUUCUGUAUCAUUUCACUGGUUCGGUAGCAUAGUGCUACGGUACUUUUUCAGCGAGUCAAAGAACGUGAGAAAUAUUUUAUUUACCUACAAUAUCGAUCAGUAGAUACAACAAAAUAGCUUAUAUUUGUUCAAGGUAUUUAUUUCAUGAGUAUACAAGAUAUAUAUUGCGAGGGAUGCAUUUUGCUUGAUGUAUAUUUACAGAGCAGAAGUGUAUAUACACUGAGGGGUGUAGAUAUCGAUAUAUACACCGAGUUUAAAUUAAUUCCUCUUUUAGGGACUAGAGUAUUUUUGAUGUAGUGAUGUACAGGUGAACUGCAGAUAUAACAACAUGAGUAGUCGAAAGGUUUUUAAUCUAAGAAACCAACACACGUUUACAAUAUACAUCCACCAGUUUAACCAGCUCUCAACCGAUGCUUUGAAGGAUGACUGAUUAGACUGUUUCGGUAUUAGUAAUUCGUCUAGUAAAACUGUUAAAAACUACAAUUGUUUAAAGACAGUGAUUAUGUAUGAAUAAUGGUGAAAGUGUUUUUUUUUUUUUUUUUUUUUUGGGGGGGGGGGGGGAGUCACCCUGCCACGGUGGGAAACGACCGACGGAUUAAAAAAAAAAAUGGUUGAACUCUCUUUCUAAAUUAAAUCAACAUAGAAAUGUUUUCAUAAAUAAAUGUCUUCAGAAUCUUAUGAAAUUAAACUUUUUUUAAAUAUCCAUGUAUGUUUUGUGAGUGAAAUACACCAUAAUUAAGUUUAGUAGUUGGGAUGACGUCACUUAAUGACUGACCAGCUUAUAAAAUCACUCAAGAUUCUUUUUUUUUUGCAAUAAUUGAGGCAUUAUUUACAAACGUAGUUUAGUUUAUCUAGCUAGGUAUGAAGCCUAUCAAUUCUAGAUAAUUUAAGCUGUGUAUCUCCUGUACACUAACGAAACAUACUUUAAUAUCUAAAGGAUUAAAGGAAACUCAUUUGGUAUGCAGAAUGAGAUACACAUCUCGGUGUAUAUUCCAGGUCAUCACAUAAGGGUAUAAAUUCCAGACUACGUCCAGUUUUCCAGGUGACAAUUGUGAUGCAGUAAUGCAAAAUGGUAUUACUACUACAAGUUUUCACAUAACUAUUAAACUUAACUUAUUAAGGCCUCUGACAUAUGUAUGUUAUUAUUAUUGUAAUAUUGCGACGACAGUGUAGUGUGAAGAGCAUGAACUUCAAGAUAGAAAUGGUUGCUAGUAGAGGAUAAUACAAUAGGAGACAAUUGUACAAAUAUUGACAAGAGAAUAUACUUGUAUAUAAUUGUUGGUUAUCUAUUGAGUAAUAUAUUGUCAUACACUGUACAGUAUUCUAGUAGUUCCUCAUAGUGCAACUAUCAUUAGUCAAAAUGAGAACAAAUAAUACUAAUUUUUUGUGAUGGUCUUAGUGUGAUUAUGUUGUCAGUGUUAUAAACUACAACAUAACUGUUAUCCCCAAAGGUUGUCAUAGUAGAUUAAGUCUAUGGAUGCUGUCAAGUUUUUAUACUAAGACUUCAUAAGCUUGUUAGCCUCCUCACAGACAGCUGAAGUCUUAUCAACGAAAUUACUGUGGCAGCAUUAACGUUAUAUUUUAUAUUAUGAUGUAAUAGUGUAUUGUGAUAAAAUUAGGCGACGUUUCACUAGGUUAAGUAUUAAGUCAUGAGGGAAAGUACGAAUCUCCUAAUUUAUAAACAAUUUCUAAGAUUUUUCUAAUUCUAAAAUUAAACGCUUGCAAAAGAAAUCAUAACUUGUGUACGUGAAAUGUAUUUAUUUAUUCGAGGCGCCGUAUGAUGACUCGUGAUCAAAUGUGUAGCUAAACUCUUCAUUUUGAUCUUAAAAAAAAAAUUGAACAAUUUUAUCCUCCAUAUAGUACUCAAGAUAUUGUUAAUGUUUUAUAUACUGUACAAAACUAUAUAUAUGUUGCAAAUGUAUUUUUAGUAGCUUUUAA